GCUCUGAUACCACUUUGUUGGAAUGAAAAUUUUAUAAAGAUGGAGAAAGUGUUUAAGUGUUUGAAGAGAAAGAAGCUUUGUGAAGAAGAAAGCUUUUAUAAUUUAGAAGAGGAUUCUUAUUACUUAGAUGAUUCUUACAAACUUGGAUACUUCUUGAUGAUACAAAAUGAAAGGGGAGUGGAGGUAUUUAUAGCCUCCAUUAUACAAAAUAUCUCAAAUAUUUUAAUCCUAAAUCUAGAUAAUUCUAACAUAAUAUCUAGAUUAUUUUAUCCUAAUUUUCUAGAUAAUUCUAUAAGAAUAUCUAGAUUUUUAUUUUAAGGAGGUGGAUGAUUUUUCUAGAAUUUGGGCUAAGUUUUGGAUCGACACAUGAUUAACCCAAUGAUGUUUGAUCCAAAUCAAGUUUAGUUUUCAACAUGAUGUGCAAAAAAUAAAAUAGUUGUUCUGAAUCGUUAUCAAAAGUAUAGAUAAUAUUUAACUUGUUACUCUCUUAUCUCAAGUAUAUUAAAAUAAAGAAGGAAAAGAUACAUAAAUAUGGUGCAAAAGAUGGCACAGAACAGAAAUAUACACAGAGACUAUCCAAUGAUUUAAAUGUAUAUAUGCACUGACCCUUCACCAAAAAAAAAAAAAACGCUAACCCUAGAACCACGUGGCGAAUUACCAUUCCUCCUCCUUUACCAUUUCGGCUCAACGGAGAGAGACACGGAAACACUAUAGAGAGAGAGAGAGAGAGAGAGAGAAAGGAAGAGGUAGAGUGUUUGAGAAGAGGGAGAGAAAGAUGAUGAAUCAAGAUGAGUGGUUGGGAACGCUAAGAUACGCCGGUAAGGCGCAGGAUAAGGUUUCCCUUGACACUCUCAUGCUCCGUUACCGUCCGAUCGCUCCAAAACCGACGACUGGUCAGCCGUGCGAUGCAGGAGACAACAACAAGAACUCUUACAAUCUGAGCAAACGAACCAAACGAAAGUACGUUAGGGUUUCAAAGAAUAACAGCACCACGUGUCGAGGAAAGACCAGAUCUGACUUGUCUGAUGAUCGGGAACCAACUGGAGUCGUGACACUUCAACUCAUGCCGGAAAAAUCCGAUCUUACAAGCGACUGCACGCCGUCAGAUCCGAUGGUGAAAACGAUAACCGGAGAGGAAACACGAGAAACCAACACGUGGACCAUGUUUAACGGCGGCGUCACGGCGGAGGUGGAGACGUGGGUGACGGUGGAGUCCGCUACCGGCGUAUAUGACGGUAGUUCGAGUUUCCAAGCGGUGGAGUGUACGGACGCCGAGAUAGUGGAUAAUCUAAGUAAGGACACGUGUCCAGCGUUCGUAUCGGAUGCCUCGAACCGGGUGGUCUGGGUCAACGAGGCUUACCGGAGAAAUGUUUCCGGGGAAGAUCCGUCGUCGUUGUCGUCGUUGCCGGAUGUUACGGUGUGGUUGGUGAUGGAUGAGUCGAUGUAUUGCAACUACAGAGCUUUCACGUGUAGGGUGAGGAUGCAGUACACGUGGCAGGAGACAGAGUACACAAAAAUGGUGCCGUGCGAUGUGUGGAAAAUGGAGUUUGGUGGCUUUGCAUGGAGGCUAGACACAACAGCUGCUCUAACUCUCUGGCUUUGAUGUUGAUUGCUACUUGAAGCAAGCUUAAAGCAGGAUGGGUAAGAACUAUAACGGUGAGCUAUGUGAUCGAAAAGUAUGACUAAUCACAAGCUUUUUAAUCACUAUAGCAACUUUCUUUAGGCAUAUAUAGAUUAUAGAGAAGCUUGAAGAAAGAACAAGUGAUAUGAUAAUGUUGAGAAAGUAUGAAGAAGCUAAGAAUGCUUAAAUAUAUAAAACAUGCAGUAACAAUGUCAAAUGUUUAUUGGCAAAGACUAAAUAAAAAUAUACCAUUGUAUGGUUUCUACUAAUGUUAGUUUUUAUCUUUAUUUUAGAUCUAUAGACCUACUAAAUAUUUAACAGAUCAGUGCUAUAUCAUCCGUUAUUCAUAACUAUUAUAUAUAUAUAUAUAUAUAUAUUUCAGAGUUGUUUAUACUCUGGAAAAUGGAUUUAUAUCAUAGUAUUUAUACAGCCAUAAUUUACACGUAUCUAGCAAAGAUAUAUGUAUUUAUACAGCCAUAAUUUACACGUAUCUAGCAAAGGUAUAUGUAUCUGCAUUUGCAUACAUUAUGUAGUAAAAAUAAAGUAUAGCACCCAGGGUCGGUCCUAUAAUUUCGGGGACCUAAGAGGAUUUAGUAAAAAUUUCAAUAACG